AUGUUCUCUGGCGGCGCCGAUGCAUCCGUCCAUUUAUGGGACCUGGAAACAAGAGGCUCAGAGUUGGGUCACCUCCAUAAGGCUACCGCAUCUGUCUCCAGAUCGUCAAACGCAUCUGCGCAUACGCACGCAUUAACCUCGAUCUCAAUAUAUCCAUUCGAUCCAACACCGGCAACGAUCUUGACUACAUCCCACGAUACAACUCUUAAGCUCUCCUCGCUUGGCGAAUCCGACAUCACGCCUGUUCACACCUUCUCGCUCCACUCAACUCCCUACUCCCAUUCCCUCUCUUCCCUCCCGUCAUCUCACCUGCUAAUUGGCGUUGGGACGUCUGACAAAACCGUCCGCCUUCUCGACCUCCGUUCAGGACUUGCCACCCACUCUCUACCUGGUCACACGGGUGCAGUUCUAUCCGUCCAAUGGGCGCCUCAUAAUCCGCACCUAAUCGCUUCCGCAUCGAAAGACAAUCGAGUCCUAAUAUUCGACGUUCGUCGUGGCGGGAAUAACUCCAUCAUCGCUUCUCUAGACAUGGACGAUGCCGUAGGCGUCCUCCCACCUCCAUCUGCACCGCCUGUAUUCCGCCCUCGCAAGCCAUUCGUCCGCGAAUCCCGCGCCCACAAUGGUGCUGUAACCGGCAUCCGUUGGACCCCUCGAGGCGACUUCAUCAUCACGUCCGGUCAAGAUUCUCGUCUGCGCGUCUGGGAUGUAACAAGCGGCGCAAAUACUCUCGUUCAUUUCGGCCCACGUAUCCGCAACAGCGCAUCACUCCACCUCGCAGAGCGUGCACCGCUCAUUAUUCCUGACCCCAUGUUGUCAACACACGAAGGUCCUUUUUUCCUCUGGGCCAACUAUUCUGAUCCUGAUGACAGAGGCGACAUAUUUAUUUUUUCUGCCCGAAACGAGGGCAAAUUGAUUACGCAUUUGAAAGUUCCUGGAGUCCCGUCCCGUGAACGGAUGCGAGUAAGUGGGAAGCCGUCCGCACUAAGUGCGGCACGAAUCAAUGCAUUGGCGUGGCGAGGAAAUGGCGCGGCUGGAGAGGGGAUGGAGCUGUUUUCAGCACAUGGGGAUGGGACAAUUAGAUGUUGGGCGUCGAGGACAGAAGAGGAUGUCGAUGAGAUUGAGGCGGCGCAAGAGGAGCAAGAACAACAGGAGCGGAAGAGGAAGAGGGAUGUCCUAGAGGAAGUUUAUCGAGGAUUGACGCAGCCGGGCAUUAGGUUUACUUGA